GGUUUGGGGUUAAAUAGGGCUUUCUGCAGUCAGUAAAUGCUGUCUUCGUCUCCACAAUGGCUUUCCUGUGGCUGCUGUCCUGUGUCGCCUUCUUUAGUGCAGCCUAUGGCUGUGGCGUUCCUGCCAUUCCUCCUGUUGUCAGUGGUUAUGCCCGCAUUGUGAAUGGUGAGGAGGCAGUGCCUCACUCCUGGCCCUGGCAGGUGUCUCUGCAGGACUUCACUGGCUUCCACUUCUGUGGAGGCUCUCUGAUCAAUGAGUUCUGGGUUGUUACUGCUGCUCACUGCAGUGUGAGAACUAGUCACCGUGUGAUCCUGGGAGAGCAUGGAAAGAGCAACACUCAGGAGGGCAUUCAGACAAUGAAAGUGUCUAAAGUGUUCACCCAUCCUCAGUAUAACUCUAAUACCAUUGAGAAUGACAUUGCCCUGGUCAAGCUGACUGAACCAGCCUCUCUGAAUGCCCAUGUUUCCCCUGUUUGUCUGGCCGAGGCUUCAGAUAACUUUGCCUCUGGCAUGACCUGUGUGACUUCUGGAUGGGGUGUGACCAGAUACAAUGCUCUGUUCACCCCUGAUGAGCUCCAGCAGGUUGCUCUUCCACUGUUGUCCAAUGACGAAUGCAAGAACCACUGGGGAAGCAACAUCCGCGACACCAUGAUUUGCGCAGGUGCUGCUGGUGCAUCCUCCUGCAUGGGUGACUCUGGUGGUCCCCUGGUCUGUCAGAAGGAUAAUAUCUGGACUCUGGUGGGUAUUGUGUCCUGGGGCAGCAGUCGUUGUGACCCUACUAUGCCUGGCGUGUAUGGCCGAGUCACCGAGCUCCGUGACUGGGUGGAUCAGAUUCUGGCCUCCAACUAAAUAAAUAAAAUGUACAGCCAUUCUUUGA